AUGACUGCACCUCUUCCGACCGGGUUCAAGCCACCUCCCUUCUACCGGUAUGACGAGACGACCGACCUAACAGAUCAUAUUAACUACUUCAAUACGAUGAUGACCAUGUACGGGGGAACAAAAAUUGUCACUUGUCGGGCUUUCCCCUCAUCCCUCAAGGGCACAACGACCUCUUGGUUCUCAGGGCUGCCGCCGAACUCCAUAAUAACCUAUGCCCAACUCUGCAGAGCCUUUGAGAUAUGCUUCCAAAGUAGCAUGAAGCAUAAGAAGACGAUGGUCAACCUCCUCAAUGUGAAACAGAGGUCUGACGAGUCGAUCCUCGCAUUCGUCUCCCGCUUCAACAAAGAAUCCUUAGACGUCAAGGAUUUAGAUGAGGCCAUGGCCCAUAAGGCGAUGAGCAACGUACUCACGGACAUGGACCUCAUCAAAGACUUGGCCCGAAAGCCGACCAAGAACAUGGUUGAGCUCUUGGAGAGGUGCAAUGAGUUCGCCAACAUGGCGAAAGUGCUCCAAGUCCGAAAGAGGACUGAAAGCAAGGCAGAGAAGAAGAGAUGGGCGGCCGACGACCGUAAGGAUGAAAAGCGAACCAAGACUGACUACUGA